AUGUUCAUUGGAUCUGGAGCUAUUUUGGUGCGUUUGACUCUGGAGCAGGUAGAUGGUAUGCAAAUACGUAAAUUGUGGUAUAUCCUGGCCAGGAAGGCGCAGGGAAGGUAUAUUCCAUGGCAGUUCGUAGAGUGGCAGAUCCUGUCCAGAAAGAGCUCCCAGUAUGAGGCCGCACCAUAUUGCGUCUAG